CCACGUAGUUGUGCCCUAAAUAAUUUUAGAAGAAUUUGUAAUUUGCACAUCAGUUAAAAGUAUCUUGAUGUUUCUUUCUAUUUAUAAUUUAAAUUUAUCAAUAAAAUGAUUCAAGAGGAAUCUUGAAAAAUUACUGUGUCUUCUGCUUGUGUCCUCGUUCGUCGACCUUGAAAUUGAGUGAAGUUCCCGGCCAUGUUUUCUGGUGAAAAGAAAGUGGGCCAAACAGGUUGACUUUAAUUAGGGUAAACUCAAAUUAUUGUAGUGUGCUUGUCUUCUUAUCAUCGCUAUUCAUAAAUAUUUCAACAGGAUGGAAGGAACUGAGCGAGGACUGAGCUUGGAGAAUAAUUUGUCGUUGAAUUCGGUGGGACCGCAGUCGCCGCUAGAAAUGAAGCCAGACACGGCCAGCCUCAUGGUGGGCAACUUCAGUCCCGGCGGCGGACCAAAUAGUCCUGGGUCGUACAGUAUCGGCGGCCAUAGCGGCGUGGGGGGGAAGAUGCAGUCUGCCACGUCGCCCUACCCCCCCAACCACCCACUGUCCGGCUCCAAGCACCUCUGCGCCAUCUGCGGCGACCGAGCCAGUGGCAAGCACUACGGAGUAUACAGUUGUGAAGGAUGUAAAGGAUUUUUCAAGAGGACAGUAAGAAAAGACUUAUCAUACGCCUGUCGAGAAGAGAAAAGUUGCCUCAUCGAUAAAAGACAAAGGAAUAGGUGUCAAUAUUGUAGAUAUCAGAAAUGUUUGCAGAUGGGCAUGAAAAGAGAGGCAGUUCAGGAAGAAAGACAAAGGACAAAAGAAAGAGAUCAGAAUGAGGUGGAGUCAACCAGUAGUUUCCACACAGACAUGCCAAUCGAAAGGAUUCUGGAAGCGGAGAAGCUGGUCGAGUGCAAAACCGAGAACCCAGUUACAGAGGACGAUUUAACAAAUAUUUAUGAAGCAGCUGACAAGCAAUUAUUCCAGUUGGUCGAUUGGGCGAAACAUAUUCCACAUUUCACUGCAUUACCUCUAGAAGAUCAAGUAUUACUAUUAAGAGCAGGGUGGAACGAGCUGCUGAUAGCGGCGUUCUCGCACCGGUCGGUGGAGAUCAAGGACGGCAUCGUGCUGGCGACCGGACUGGUCAUCCACCGCGGAUCAGCCACAGCCGCCGGCGUCGCCACCAUAUUCGACAGAGUGCUCACCGAGAUUGUCGCCAAAAUGAGAGAAAUGAAAAUGGAUAAGACUGAGCUGGGUUGUCUUAGAUCUAUCAUACUAUUCAAUCCAGAUGUGCGAGACCUGAAGUCGACGCAAGAGGUGGAGCUGCUGAGGGAGAAGGUGUACACAGCGCUGGAGGACUACACGCGCAUCACCCACCCCGAGGAGUCGGGGCGCUUUGCCAAGCUGCUGCUGAGGCUCCCCUCCCUGCGCUCCAUCGGCCUCAAGUGUUCCGAGCACCUCUUCUUCUACCGCCUCAUCUCCGACCAAGCGCCCAUCGACAACUUCCUCAUGGACAUGCUAGAAACGCCUACUGACCAGUAGAUCACCACACUUACACGUACCUAUUCUUAUCAACGAACUAUCUAUGUAUUUAUGUAUCUAAACUUCGUACCUAUAUAUCUUUAUAUAAAUUCUACUAUUCUAUAAGAUAGUUAUUAUUGUUAAUGUUGUUAUUCAUUUACUCUACAUUCACCAUGAAAAGUUUCUAUCUAAAAUUUCAUUUUUUUAUGAAGUCUCAACUUAAGUUUCUGAUUCGACAUGUUGAUAUUUAUUCUAUUCGCUUUUUAGAGAUGAAUAGUAGGUAUCCAAAAUGCUUGCAGUACGGUAUCCACGUCUAGUAAUUAUUGUUUUCAACUGAAUCCUUGAGUGACAAAUGAGUGAUCUUUGACCAACUGAGCUACCUCACCUAUAUUAUUGCGAGCAAAUUCAAUCGGAAAUAUCUUAACCUCUAUCACAGUUGUAGAAAAAAAAAGAUUGAGUGACAUCAAAUUGGACGAUUUUAAGUUCAUUAUCAUUCACUUGUUAAGAUGUUCAUUCAUUGUGUUCGUAGUGUGCAAACAAACUGACGAUUGAAUUGCUAAAACAUAUACGGUACACAAUGUGACAGUAUUUUUCAAAUUCGAUAGCAUAUUGAAAAAUUUGAAUUGAAUUUUCGACUUCAAUACUAUUUGCCUUUGGCCAAAUUUCAAGAGAAUUUAGACUACCUUGUGAAAACAAAACAAUGUUGCUUAAAAAAUAAGGUAUCCUGCACUGAGAGACAUAUUUCUAUCUAGUUGACUAAUCAAUAUUUCAACCUUUUAUAAUUUUAGUUCUAUAGAAAACUUUCCAAGGCUUACUUGGCCAUGUGCAAAGUCUCGUGACUGAUUUGUAUAAAAAACCUUUGUUGCAAUGGUGAUAUGAUUGGCAAAAACAAAUUUAGCUUAAGCAAACAUUUUUGAAAUGACGUAUUUAUUUUCAAUAUUAAUUUCAUCACAUCCUUUCAAAUUUAUGGGAUGUUUGCACAUUUUUCAUAUUUUAUAACAUUGUGACAAAGUGUAUGUUCUGGGAACACAAAAAAGUGGUAAAUUGUUCUAAUUCCAGUGCUAAAUUGUUCAAUCACGUGACUAGUGAACGCCAUUUCAAAAUCGUUGGUUCAAGCUUUUGGCGCGCACUUAUGACGUUGAUUUACACCAAAAUGUGUCGUUUACUAGCUGUGUGAAUGAAGAAAGUCUGUUUUACAAACUUACCGUCUAGAAAAGUGUGCAUUUCUUUCAUUCCAUUACUGUCAAAUUUUCUAUAGAUCCAUUUAACGAAUGGUUAUCAAACAUAAUUUUGUUGGUUAUGUAUUCUAUGGCUAUGCUAUGGUAAACAAGCAAGCUAUCAGCGCAUGUGCAGAGAAGCAAGCAGACUACAAUUCAAUCGACCAAUAAGACAUAUGAAAAUUUGAACUGCCUCAAUCUACGGCUUCAACUGUGGGACAGGAACUUGGAACUGGAACUAGUUUCUGGUACAGAAUCUGUCAAAAUUCUACCCAUGAGACGCGGAACUUUUUACCUGGUAAAUUGUGAAUCGGACAAUUUACCACGUUCCAUGUUCCCAGAACGAGCUCAAUAUCCAAAGCAUAAUAUGAGAAAAACUCAAUCAAUAUUCUGACACUUGUUGAUAGAAAAUUUUUAUACUGUUUUGAGGCGUUUCGUGGAAAAGUAUAAAAGAAGUAAAGUCAUUCAAUCAAGAAUUAUUCCAUUCUCUUCGACUAACUGAUUUACUGAUGCUUAAAUUGUAUUUUCUAUUUCAUUAUGCAUUUUCAAAAAACAUUUGGCUGUUUUUAUAGAGCUAUUUUAAAAUGUUGUAUUUAUUUGAUUCUGUUGUAUCCACAGUAUACUGUAUAUCAGUUUUGAAUGGACUUAUCUGGUUGUGAUUCGAAUUAGAAUAUUUGUGCUGUGUAAUUUAUGUUAGUCAAUAUUAUUUCAUUUACAUCAGAAAUGUAUUGACUAUUCUCUUGCGAGUAUAAAGUUACGAUUUUACUACAUUUUUCUUUGUCUCUGUUAUUGUAACCAGUUUGAAUUGAUGCAACUAAGGUAUUAUAAUACUUUUUUAUACUCAGCGAAGUAAUUUUGUGUUUAGCAAUGAACUCUUAUUAUAUAGAUGUAUAUUUAAAAACAAUAUUAUUGAGCUAGGCUCUUGAAAUUCUAUUGUUGUUCUUGACUUUCAGCUGUAAGUAAUAGAAUUAGUAGGAUGAUAAUUUUGAGAGUAAUAUUGUAUAUUAUUAUUAGAAUUCAGAAGAUUUAUGCUCACUGUAUCAGUGAUAAUACUUGUUGAAAAUUUGAGAAGCUAAGCCUACAUAAUUGUUUCUAGUUUGUUGUAUGUAUGAAGAGUGUGAGAGUGAGAGAAAGUUAAUGUAAGGGUGCUUAGUUUGUGAAUGCAUUAAUUAGCUUACAUCUCAUGGUGUAUUCAAUAAAUGUUAUAUUUAAGAAUGUUAUGAUUUAUUAGCCUAAAUUAUUAAGAAUUUAAUUUUUUACCUUUGAGUUGCUAUUCAAAUCGAAAAGGAGAAAAAAAAUUCAAUUCAAUAAACGAUUUAAUUUAGAAGGAAGAGUGUUUCUCAACACUAACCUUCAAAAAUAUUUACAGAUCAGAUUUGAUCUCGAUAAUCAUUAAAGAUUGUUUUCUAGGCAAUCCAUUAUCUAAAUAUUCUACAUCACAUCAUAUUUUCACUUCAUUUAUAUU